AGAGAGGGGGGAGAUUUUCUCAGACUGUGAACAGAAGCCUGCCUCUCUCCAUCGCAGUUGCUGGCUGUGCCGUCUCUUUUACGCAGAGAGCAUUACGCAUCAGUGGACUAUAGAGCGAGCGAGGACCACCGCGCGUUUUCGCCCCAAAAGUAUCUAAGGAAACCUUUAUCACCUCUCCAUCCCGCACCGAUUUGGACCUAUAGCCAUCCCGCGGUUUUCCGAGAAGUCUGGACAACUAUUACUCUUCUUCCUCCCCCCUUCCUCCUCUUUCUUUUUUUUUUUAUCCGUGGAUCUAUAGCUCCCGAAAAAAAGCGCGCUCCUGUGCUUUUUAAAAUGCAAGUCGGACGCAAAUCGUGUUGGAGGCAAUUGCAGGCGUCUCUUUUCAGACUGCUCUGUCUUAUCCCCACAGGAUUCCCCGUCCGGAGUGUGGAUAUGCAGCGGGCCACCGACAACAUCACCAUCCGCCAGGGCGACACAGCGAUCAUAAGGUGUUAUGUGGAUGACAAAGUAUCCAAGGUGGCCUGGCUCAAUCGAUCCAACAUCAUCUUUGCCGGCCAGGACAAGUGGUCCCUGGACCCCAGAGUAGAUCUGGUCACUAAAGGACAGCUGGAGUACAGCCUGCGCAUACAAAAGGUGGAUGUGUAUGACGAGGGGUCGUACACCUGCUCCAUACAGACGAAGCAGCAGCCCAAGACCUCGCAGGUCUACCUCAUUGUACAAGUUCCAGCCAACAUCUACAAGGUGUCAGAAGACAUCACGGUGAACGAGGGCAGUAACAUGACACUCAGCUGUUUGGCCAGUGGCAGGCCGGACCCUGCAAUCACCUGGCGGCUGCUCAACCCCUCAGCAGAGCCGUUGGACGGAGAAGAAUACCUGGACAUUAUAGGUAUCAUGCGAAACCAAGCAGGUCGUUACGAAUGCAAGGCCAGCAACGACGUCGCCACGCCUGAUGUCAAAUACGUCAACGUGGUUGUCAGCUAUCCUCCAACAAUAAAGAAAACCCAGAGCUCAGAGACUCCAGUGGGCCGCAUGGGGACAAUGCAUUGUGACGCCACCGCUGUGCCCACACCAGAGUUCGAAUGGUACAGGGACGAAAAAAGGCUCUCCAAUGCCCAGGGCAUCAAUAUCCAGAUUCUUGGCACGACUACCAUUCUCAUGAUUGCCAACGUCACCGAAGAGGAUUAUGGGAACUAUACCUGCGUGGCCUCAAACCGACUGGGCGUCCAGAAUGCCAGUCUUUUCCUCUAUAGACCUGGGACAGGUCGAGAUAUAAACGGCUCUGCCUGUGUAUCUCAAUCACUGUGGCUCCUGCUGGCCUGCUUCGCCUGCCUUUUCUUCAAGUGUUAAUACCGCUGUCCACCUCUUCCUCUUCUUCCUCCUGGCCUUUCUUCCUCCUCCUUCUCUCCAACUCACCGACAUCCUUAUUGCUACCUUAUUAUCAACUUUACCGACCCCUACCCCCAGACUGUUUGCAUCAUGAUACGAAAGCCCAAUGUGCUCUCAAGCACUGCUUACAGAUAUUCCGAAAAGCGAUGGGUUAUAAGUAAAUAAGAACAACAAAAAAAACAGUGAAAUGAAGGACAGAACAAGCAAACAGUGCUCUUUUAAAGAAUUACAUUGUUCUUUUCAAUUCGUAUGCACUUCUUUAUUUCUGCUAUAUCUUGUCUUCGGGUCUGGAUCGGGUUUGUUGUGAUUUUGUCUUUAUGGGAAAGCAGAGGCACCCGCUCACAGGGAAGCCAACAAUCAUUUGUCUCUAGAAGUACUGAAGACAGAACAGUAUAUUUCUUCUUACUCCCGUAGAUGCAUUAUUUUAACUUAAAUUGUAGAUUUAACUGAGUGUUUAACCAGUGCAUUAAUGAGCAACAUGCAAAGUAUCUGCCAAAUAUCCAUAAACUAUAUAGAUUUGAAACUAACACAUACAGAAAUCAAAAGGGAAAAUACUGUAAUGAGAUCAGAGCUUGAUAUUGAAGUCUGUACUACCAUAAUCUGAUGCUACUAGACUGAAAUGCAGACAUAGAGCAUUAGUCGAAUAUCUCUCCAAUCAAUGACAUUAUUUCUAGAUGCAGCAGCCACUCGGGUUGUUGCUGUUGAGCCCAGAAAUCGAGGAUGCAGUGAAUAGAAUCGACUUGAUCCUACUGAGCUAAACCAUGCGGAGUGCAAACCAGGGGAAUUUAGUUUAUCUGGAUAUUGAUAGCUACAUCUUCAUUCAGUGGCUUUGCAACCACUCGCCUUUAUUCCAAAAGAAUCCCCUCUUUUCUUUUGCAGCAGGAAAAGAAACACAGUAGGUUAUAAUGAUGCGUACUGUACAUAGUAAAUUUUGUAUUUCUCUAUGAUAAGACAACUUGUUCUGCCACUGUAACAACAGGACACAGGAGAAAAUUGUCGCAGUGUAUGUUGCUUGUUUGAUGACCAACCAACCAUACUGUGCAGUUUGUCUCUGCUCCACAGCAGGCUGCACUGCAUUUAGCUGCAUAUACUGUACCACACACAGUGUUUGCUCUUAGUUUAUGAGUUUUAGGAUCAUUCUUCUAUACUGCUGGAAUUUGGAUAAAAAUGUAUGACACCAAUGAAUGACUUACUUUUUAGUUUUUCCUCUUUCAAAGAAGUAUGCGUGUUUUAAUAUGAAAUGAUACAGAAAAAUUCAUAAUAUAUUGAUAUUGAGGUUGAUUUUUUUCUGUCCUUACCUCAUUCAUUUUAGUUGUGUGUGUAUAUAUAUACUUGAAUCCAAUAUCCUUAUACUAUAUGAAAAGGCAAAUUUUAUGUGUCCAUGUUUCUGAAUAGGGUAGCAAUUUGUUGAGGACGAUUAACUUGUAGAUCUAUUGAAUCUCCCUCCCUGUUCUAUCAUGUGAACCGAAGCCCAUUAGAAAAUGAUGUUUUUAAAAAAGCAUAUAAAGAA